ACACCACCCAAUGGAGAAGAUAUGCCACAAGAUGGUGGCUGUGAAUGGAAUAAACAUGCACGUAGCAGAGCUUGGCACAGGCCCAACCAUCCUCUUCCUCCAUGGCUUCCCGGAGCUCUGGUAUACCUGGCGCCACCAGAUUCUCUAUCUUGCCUCGCAUGGCUACCAUGCUGUAGCACCUGAUCUCCGUGGCUAUGGUGACACCACUGGUGCUCCUACCUCCGACCCCACCAAGUUCACCUCCCUUCAUGUGGUUGGAGACCUGGUGGCGCUCAUCAACACGGUGGCUGCCCCAGGUGAAGAUAAGGUAUUUGUGGUCGGACAUGACUGGGGUGCAAUCAUUGCCUGGGCUUUGUGCCUUUAUCGGCCGGAUAAAGUAAAAGCCUUGGUGAAUAUGAGUGUUGCUUUCCAGCCAAGAGAUCCUAAUACCAAACCUGUUGAAGCAUAUCGAGAGAUUUAUGGAAACGAUUACUAUGUAGUUAGAUUUCAGGAAACCGGAGAAAUUGAAGGUGAAUUUGCGGUAUAUGGUACGGAUAGAGUAUUAAAUGCUUUCUUCAAUUAUCGCAAACCUGCUCCUCUUUUUCUACCCAAGGGUAAUGGUUUAGGAAUCUCACCUGAUGAUCCUAUAAUCGUGCCUUCAUGGAUGACCAAAGAAGAUCUUGAAUACUACACCGGAAAGUUUGAGAAAACUGGCUUCACUGGAGGUCUAAACUACUAUCGAGGUCUCGACUUGAACUGGGCAUUAACUAGCCCAUGGACUGAAGCCAAAGUGAGUGUACCUGUUAAGUUCAUCGUCGGUGACCUUGACCUGACUUACAACUCGGUUGGUGGUAAAGACUAUAUAGAAAGUGGAGAGUUCAAGAAAGAUGUUCCUCUUUUAGAAGAAGUAAUCAUACUCGAAGGUGUUGCUCAUUUUCUUCAUGAAGAAAAGCCCGAGGAAAUUAAUAAGCAUAUCCACCAAUUCUUUGAAAAAUUCUCUAUCUAAACACUACAACCGUUUAUGAUCAAUCAACGGGAAUAUAUUUAAGAAGAUGCUCUGAAGAUAUUGCUACAAAUGAAAAAUAAGCUCGUGUAAGUAUAGAUACAAUAAUGCCUUCAAGAAACGCCUUGUGCAGCGUUUGCUAUAUAUAUAGACUCUUGGUGACACAUAUUGUCGUUAUAGGGUUUGUCGAUGUUGCUAGUCCAAAUGAUUUGUAAAGGUGAUCUUAAAAUAAAAAUGCAUCAACAAUCAAAUCAUUAGAUUGGUGGUUUGAACAAAUGGAAAAUAUAUAAUAUUAAACCACACCAAUUAUAUAUCGAUCUCACAUUCAAACCAAACAAAACCCGGCCAGAAUUUAAUAAAACCCAAU